AUGUUUUACCGCAUACAUUUAAAAUUUAUUUUUGCAUCACAAAUAUUAAGUACUGUAAUAUGUUAUAAAAUAGCUAUCACUAAAUCCAUUUUGGGUGUUAAUAGAUUGGAAUCGCAAGGGCAAGUGGAGAAGGUUAAGGAAAUUGUAGAUAAAGAGUGGGUUAGUGCACAGGCUAAUGUGAAAAUCAAUUUGCAUUUACAAAUUUUGGGCGUAUCUGCAGGCCAGCAAAAUUCAACCUACGUAAACCUACUGAACGUAAUGCAAUCGCUUGAUUAUGGUGACAUGGUCUCAGUAGCAAGGGUUACAGUAAGAGCUAGCAGAGAAUUGGCUAAGCAAUUUCAGGCCACAAGUAAUGGAGAUUAUUUGCUAUACACAGAUGAUACAAAUGUAGAACAAAUUGAGGGCAAGAAGGCACCACUUUUAUUCCCAAUUGACGAUGGCAAUUUGAUAUCAAAGGCAUUCAAUCUAAUAAGGAAAAGGGUAAAAAAUGGAUGUGAUGAAAAAUUUAUUGCAAUAGUGAAUAAAAAAAUUCCUUCUGGGACUGGAUUAGGUGGGGGUUCGGCUGAUGCAGCCACAUCCAUUAAAUUGGCCACGGAAAUUCUAGAAUCUGAUGUAGAUCAGAUGGAAAUUGCCAAAGAAGUUGGCAGUGACGUUCCUUUUCUAUUGGCAUCCCACAAUGGCUUUAACUCCUGUGUUUCUGUGGGCAAAGGUGAUGUAUUCAAACCAAUUGAAUUAAAGAUGCUGCCCCAAAAGGUAUAUCUAUUUAUCCCAAAUGUCUUUGUUGAAACUAGUAGAGUGUAUGAUAGAAUAAAGAAGUUGUUUCCCAGGGGAUCUAAGCUAUCUGAACAACAACUCAAAAGUGCUGAGGAGAUGGCAUUGCAAAAUAUAGUCAAAUUGGAUUUCCGAAAUGAUUUAAUGCCCAGUUCCUGUCACUUAUCCAAAGGAUUGGUAAAACUGAUAAAUAUUUUAGAAUCGCAAAAUGUGUUUAGCUGGAACAUGAGUGGAAGUGGAUCGGCUUGCUUCGGUUUUACCAAACAAAAUGCUACAGAAAGGCAAGUAUCAAAUGAACUAAAUCGCAUUUCUUUGAGAUAUGAAGAGCCGCUAGUUAUUGUGCAUGCUAAUCUCAUUCGUAGUGUAUAA